UCGGAGCCGCCCCGGCUCAUUCGGAGAAUGGCCGCGGCCACGGCGUGCGGCUCCCCGGCGCCCCGGCCGCGCAGACGGGGCGACUCGCGGCGGAGGCAGGCCGCCCUCUUCUUCCUCACCAACAUCUCCCUGGACGGCCGCCCGCCCUGCCCGGCCGCCGAGAAGCAGCCUCCCCUUCCUCCUCUCCUUCCUCCUCCUCCUCCUCUUCCUCCUCCUCCUCUGCCCUCCGGGGAAGGGGAGGAAGAAGAGGAAGAGGAGGAGGAUGAGGAGGAGGUGGUCGGAGCCCCGCCGCGCUCGCUGGCCCCGCAGAGGGCUCCCCCCGGCUUUCCCGGUGCUUCGCUGCCGCCCGGUUCUUCCCCCGUUGCUGCGGGGAAAGGGGAAGCGGAGCAGCCCCGGGGGGGCGGCUUCUCGCCGCUGCCGCAGGGAGCCCCGCUCUGCCCGCUGCCGCCCGCCCCCCCGGGGCUGCCGGGCUCCGCUAAAGCGGGGGGGCCGGGGAUGCUGAGCCCCGCGCCGGGAGCUGCGGGAGGCGGCUUGGCGCUGGAGGUGCAGCGGCAGAGAACCAAGAAUAUAUCUGGGUCUCCAAGGCACAAAAGUUUGAAGAAGAUGCACUUCAUCAAGAACAUGAGGCAGUAUGACACAAAAAACAGCAGGAUAGUAUUAAUCUGUGCUAAACGAACACUGUGCGUGGCUUUUUCGAUCCUACCUUACGGGGAGAGUUUACGAAUCAGUGAUCUAAAAAUGGAAGGACAGAAGCAGCGACAUCCUUCUGGGGGAGUUUCAGUCUCCACUGAGAUGGUCCUUGGGAUGGAAGGAGUAGAGCUAGGCGCUGACGGCAAGGUUGUGUCCUAUGCAAAAUUCCUGUAUCCAACCAACGCCCUAGUUGUGCGCAAAGCUGACAGCCACAGCGCUGUUCCUUCAUGUCGAGCUAGUGCUUCAAGGAGCCUUCCCGGAUCGAGAUACAAACCUGUGACAGCAAAAACGAUUCCAGCAGGAACGGAGCUUGGGAGUGAAGCUGGGGAAGCAGCAGAGUACGAUCCAAAUCUUCUGGACGACCCUCAGUGGCCCUGUGGAAAACACAAACGUGUUCUCAUCUUUGCUUCUUACAUGACAACGGUCAUAGAAUACGUGAAGCCCUCAGACCUGAAGAAGGAUAUGAACGAAACCUUUAGGGAGAAGUUUCCUCACAUCAAGUUGACGCUGAGCAAAAUUAGGAGUUUAAAGAGAGAAAUGCGGAAUCUGAGUGAAGAAUGCAAUCUGGAGCCAGUUACUGUGUCCAUGGCUUACGUUUACUUUGAGAAGCUUGUUCUCCAAGGCAAACUUAACAAACAGAACCGCAAACUGUGUGCUGGUGCUUGCGUUCUGCUUGCAGCCAAGAUCAGCAGUGACCUCAGGAAACACGAAGUCAAACACCUUAUAGAUAAAUUAGAAGAGAGAUUCAGAUUCAACAGAAGAGAUCUCAUUGCUUUUGAAUUCACCGUCCUUGUAGCUUUGGAACUGGCUCUCUAUCUUCCUGAAAACCAAGUUUUACCUCAUUACAGACGGCUCACACAACAGUCUUAACCAAAGCUACUUUCCAGCUGAUAGCGUCACUGAACACAGUUGCUGAAGCUGCCACUGGCCGUUCUGUGCCACUGUGCAUCCUGCUGUGGCUACAGCUAGCUUUGAAGUCUGCGACAUGGGUGUGAACUGUCAAGGUGUGCAUUAUGGACACGUAUGCCAAGACUGGGAGAUGGUACGAGAAGAGUCGUUGAACUGUAUUUUCUUUUGGACAUUUGAAGCACAAAUAUUCACCAGUUAGCUGUUAUGGCUGCUGAUUAUUCCUUAUUUAUCUUUUCAGUUUGACUAAAACUGUUCUUCCGUAUGAAGAAUCCUAUGGUAUUGUUUCUUUUUUUUUUUUUUAAUCCUUUAUUGUAGUCCUUGAAACUAAAGGAAGCAUCACUUCCAUUCCAGUGCACCAUAAGGUUCAUAUGUUUCUAAGAAUCUUUUUGUGUUUUUUAUAUUAAUGAAACACAUACUUUUUUUUUUUUGAAGAUGUGCCUAAAACCGGCUGGUCUGGUACCGGUAUUUUUUAAGUUAGUUGUGUUAUUUAGUGGGAAAUCCUGAAUUUAUAUAGCCAUUUAUUCUUUACCUGCAUUGGCCUUGCAUAUAGGAAAACAGUUCCAGUAUAUCUGCACUAAUGAUACACGGGGCAUCUAUACUAUCUAUAGCUAGAUUGAAAUUACUGUUUCAAUUUAGUUAACUAUAGUAUUUUAAGAUUAUACACUUUAUUUAAAAAGUAAAGAUUGGUUCAAAAUGUCAUGAAAUACCACCUGUUGAACAAGGUAGCUGCAGAGUGAUUGCCAUCCUAAUUCGCUCUUAAAUGGAAGAUGAGUGCUUUUAACUAAGAACUACUUGCUGUAAAAUGUAUAAUUUCUGGGUUUCAUUUGUGUUUUGUAGUCUGAAAUAAGCACCUUUUUAGUAUGACUGUAUUAUAUAUGGUCUUAGUGCUCUGAGCAAGUACAUGAGUCAGUGGAGCUAUUCCUGCCAAACUAAGCCAGUGAAACAAAGCAUGCUCAAUAUUUAAAAUGCUACUUUUUUAAUUCCGUUCUUCCAAGAAUUGCGUCACUGUGAUGGUCCUCAAAACUAGCAUUUGUUGCACAUCGGAACAGCCACUUAACGGCUGGUGCCAGGCAGCAUUCUCAUGGUUAUGCCAGAGGUUAAAUAACUUCUUUGACCAUUGGCUAUUCCUUCAUUUAUUUUUAAAAUAUCCAGGUUGGGAAUGAACUCUGAUUAUAUGUGGAACCUUCUGUGAUACUGGCUCUUGGUUUUAUUUUCCGAAGCAAUAUUAUGAUACAAGUAACUGUCUAUUUGCAAGAAACAAAACUGAUGCUUGGCUGUUAUGACUGAGAAAUUUGUAAUUUGUUUGACUCCUAAAUGAAAUACUAGACCUCAUAAGGUUACCUGCUAUCUAAUAUGUAAAGUAAUGUAAAUUGCUGUUCCUUGUAUUAAAUGUUGGUUUUAGGCAAAAACAAAGCUGAAUCUUUGUUCUUCAGCUGUGUUUUGCCUGAAGCUAAUUUGUCGUCAUUAGAGUUGCACCAGAACUAUACUGGAGCCCUUUCUUCUUUAAGUAGGGCUCAAAAUGUAUAUUCUCAUAUAAUAACUACAGUGACUAUCAAAUCUUUUGUGUGUUCAACUGUAUGUAGCUUCAAGUUAUUUGUGUAAACUUAAUGAUACUGACUUCUCUUUAACACAGAAGGACUUUCCAGUCUCUGUAAGUGAGAUGGUAGGCGGUAAGUUAGACAAUAACCUUGCCAGUUAUCUUCCAAAAGUUUAGAAAAAUGUCUACUAGUUCAGCUUUCUACUGAAUAUAACUGUCAUUGCAUGCAAGAAAUAGCAAUGUACUGAACAUCUAGAGUAUAGAGAGCCUUGAAAUUAGAAAAAUGUGGUAAACGCAACUAAAGUGGUCCACCACUUCCUAUACUCAUUGUGUGAGGGGGAAGAGCUAGAACUGAGCAAAGAAACUCCUCACAAGGUAUCUCCAGAAAUAGUAAAACGUUUCAUUUAGUGUAAAGGAAGCCACAAAAUUACCUUCUCCGGGGAUUUCCUUUUAUUUAGUGUAUAAAGUUCUCUGUAAUGUAACGUUCUCAGCCAUCUAGAGAAAAAUGUAUUUAUUUUUGGAGCAGUCCAGUCUCUAUUCAGUGGAAGUUUAUCUAGUUGCAGUGGGCAUUUGGGCUAGAGCUCCCCUCCCAGAAUGGAAGAUUGGGUUUCACGUGAUAUAAAUGGGAAAGCUUUGGCCUUUGGUUAUUUAGUUCGCAUUUUCUUCAGAAGAACAGCUUAGGGUAAGGAAUACUAAAUGCCAGAAUGCUGGUUAAAGGGAACUCUAAAGGUUGGCUCAGCGUUUCUGAGCAGUGAAGCUCAGGACACCAUGACAGCAUCCAGCUGCUGGGCCUGCGCCUUGCACGUGGGUACCUCUGGUGUGGUGCCUCUGCAGGAGCUGCCACUUCUGCAGGGCACCCGAGCUGUGCGUGUCUGUUAUUUCUCUGUAGCUAGAGUUGAAUUUUGAGCUAGUUCCCCAUCCUGUUGGGUUCUGCCUGUGUGUUAAUACUUCUCACCUAAAAGCUGCCACCGUGUGGCAAAGGACUCUUCCUGCAUUACCAAUCGAUAAACCGAGAGGGGACCCUCACGAAGCGUGUUUGGAUGUUAACUUCUCCCCAAGUUGCUCCGGUCACCUCAGAGGGCAGCAGCCAGCACCCAGUAGAGGUGACAGGAGCGAGAUGUUCCUGUCUGCGCCCGCCUCUGUCACGGUUUCUGUCCUAGCGCGUUAUUUAAGGUCCUCGUUUGCUGCCUGUUCCCUGUCCGUGCCCUUUUCUGUGAAAUGCUGUGAAAUAAACCCCUUUUCUACGUGUUUUGUAACCAAA